AUGACGGCACACCAAGAGUUGCCCGCACCUCCAGUUAUGAUAUUCGAUGGGACUUCGGCUGAGUACCCUAAGUUCAUUAGGAAUUUCAGUGACCGGGUUGGAACGAAAUCAUUCACUGACAGUUUCAAGUUGUCACAGCUAAUCAUGUGCUCGCGUGGUGAGGCCAAGAAGGCCACUGAUCGCUACGAAGGAACUAGUAAGGGUUAUGAGAUGGCCUGGAAGGUGCUUCAUGAAAGAUUCGGUCAACCGUUCCAGAUCGUCAAGUCAUCUGUUGACAGACUAACAGCAGGACCCAGAAUUCAGGCUCAGGACAGAAAAAGCCUGCUUGAGUUUGCUGAUCAGUUGGAAGCUACACUGCAGACCCUGGACGAUCAGCACCUCCUUGCCGAAGCCAACACCCAAACGUCGCUUCAGGCAAUCUUUAGCAGACUGCCAGCCCAUGUGCAAGGAAAAUGGGUUAAAAAGGUUGUGGACCUUGAAGCUGCAAAUAUCCAACCGACGUUAAAGCAUCUUGUACGUCUGGUGUCGUCCCUGGCGAAUACCGCCAAUCAUGCUGUGUAUGCUGUGGCCGCCAGUGGCAGAAACAAUCAGAAUGCUGUCACUGGGGGGAGCAAAGGUCAUGGAAAAGGGUUUGAGAUUACCAAGACCAGUCACACUCGGGCUCCUGAGAAGAAAUCCACAUGCACAACAAUGUCAACGCAACCUAUGUCUGAUCAGGGAGUUGCUAAAAGUGGACAGCAGGAGUCGAGCACAGGACACAGUGUGCAAAGAAAUGGUGCCAAGUUUACCAGGGUGUCAAGGCCCAGAAAUAAUGCUGCUAAAGUGAGGCCAGGAGCAGUUGUGGUAAUAGCGAGGCUAAAGCCAAAAGCACGAGAGACAUGA